AUGUGCGAGCUACUACUGCUAGGAACACAAGCUGAGAUGGAAGCCGACGCUGCGGCACAAAAGAAUGCCAAAUCUGCUUUCCAGCUCAAUGUUGGCGUGGGUAUGAAACCCAUGAUUCUUUUCUCGGGAACUAUAUGGGCCGACGAGACCUCCGGAGUCUUCAAGAUGCUCAAGAGCAUGUUUUUGGAUAUUUUCAAGGGUGAAGAGACCGAAAAGAUAGACGUUGAAGGAUUGCAGUACAUUCUCAUGGUUGCUGCUGAGGAGCCCCAAGACAGUGGUCUUUCAGCUACCAACAACUCCUUGCCGGCCAUUCAUUUGCGGUGGUACAAGAUCCGAACCAGGAGGAGCGGUCAUAAGUUGCCUCGCGUGGAGCUAGAAGAAGUUGGACCAAAGUUUGAUUUUAGAAUCGGUAGAGUCAGAGAAGCUGAUGAGGACACCAUGAAGACGGCGAUGAAACAAGGGAAGAGGCCACAGGAUAUGGAGAAAACGAAGAAGAAUAUUGGUAUGGACAGCAUUGGCGAUAAGAUUGGACGAGUACAUCUUGGUCGCCAGGAUUUGAGUGACUUGCAGACUAGAAAGAUGAAGGGUCUCAAGCGACGAGCGGGUAUCGACGAUGAGGACGAGGAUGAGGAGAUGGGAGGUAUGGAAUCAGAUGAGAUUUUAGAAGAUGAAGAUAUCAGUCACAAGCGACCGAAGAAAGAGUAG